AUGAAUUUUUUGUUUAAGGAUAAUUUGCGUACUAACAUCAGUGAACUUAUAGAUCGUCCUCGUUCAGAGCUCACAGAGAGUGAACUUCAAGAACUAGAAGAGUUUGAGUUUAACCAUGGCCCACUAUCACUCAUUCAAAACUCUGUCAAGACAGGAAAUCCAGUGAUGAUUCAUUGCAGGAAUAACCAUAAACUUCUUGCCAAGGUGAAGGCAUUUGAUAGACACUGCAAUAUGGUUCUAGAAGAUGUGAAAGAACUUUGGACAGAGACAACGAGGAAUAGUAAAGGCAAAGUCAUCAAAACAACCUCAAAAGAGAGAUAUGUUGUCAAGCUCUUUCUCAGAGGAGACUCUGUUAUUAUAAUAUUGAGAGUCUAA